GGACUUGCACCACCGUAAAACAAUUAGGAGCCUGUUCUCCCUCCUGUUUUUUAAAACCUCAGCAACAGCAGUAGAAAAACAGAGACAGGCUCUUUCAGACGUGGUUGGCUAAUGGUUCUGGAUGAUGGGAUGCUGCUGCAAUUCCACAACAACAGGUUUUACACCCUGGUAGGGAUUCCAGCAGGAUUUCACUGGCUUGGUGCAUCGCAUGUGGCUCUGUGCACACCCUUGCAAUCUGCUGCUUAUGUACAUUUAUUAACUUCGCCUGGGCCACAUUCACAACAUACACUGAAAGCACUAUGAUACCACUUUAAACAGUCAUGGCUUCCCCCAAAGAAUUCUAGGAGCUGUAGUUGGUUAAAGGUGCUGAGAGUUUUCAGCAGCAGAGGUGUACCUAGAAGGUCCCUUGUGCCCUUGGCAAGGUGCUGUAGCAGCAGCCCCCCACCCAAAUAAAUCACUGUCCUCCAGUGGACAGGGGCUAAUAUGCCCCACUGUGUGCGUGCAAAAUCUAUAGGUACAUUCAUACACACCCUCCACCGUCCCUGGAGACCCCUUCCACCCAGGAGCUGACCCAGGGGCACCCAGCAGCAGCAGAAUUAUUGCACACACACACCCAGCACACACACACCCAGCCCUUCUACAAUUCCCAGAGUUCUCUAGGGAGAAGGAUUGAUUUUUCAAUCCACUCUAGAAAUUGUAGCUCAGGGAAUCAGCAUUCCCUUACGAUUUUCAGCACCCCUAACAAACUACAGAUUCCAGAAUUCUUUGGGGAAAGCCGUGACUGUUUAAAGCAGAGGUUUUCAACCUUCUUGAGUCCAUGGCUCCCUUGAGCAACUACAUUUUUUCUGUGGGAAUCCCUGUGGGACUCAGGAGCCCAAUUAUGUCACCUCUUGCUUGCAAAGCUGGCAGCCCCUCUCCCCUUUUCGAACACCCUCCCUUGUGGAGUGUUCCCUCAGCCUCCUCUCUUCUCCUUGGGAGUCCUCCAAGGGGCAGCCACAGCUGCCGCCCCUUGUCUCUGAGCUGCCCCCCUGCCCCAAAGAGAGGCGACUCCUCACAUUGCCCCACAGGGGCCUGGGAAGCACCCCCUGGCCAGCCCCAGAGCCACCAUUUGCCUGGGGAGCUUGUAGCCAGGGCUGCUGCAACAAACAGCUGUGCAAGCCUUUGGGAGGCGGAGACACAAGAGGGCAUCAGAGGAGGGAGGGGAGGAAAGAGGGACAGAGGCCAGGGUUGCCCGCAGCACCCCAGACCAUCAUUCACGGCACCCUAGGGCUCCACGGCACAUUGGUUGAAAACCACUGGUUUAAAGUCGUAUCGUAGCACUUUAAAUGUAUGCUGCGUAUGUGACCCUGGGCCUACCUCGCAGGGCUGUUGCAUGCUAAAAGGGAAGGGAGGAUAACACACACCACCUUGAGCUCUUUGGUUAUGAUUCACAGAUCAUGUGAAGAAAGCCAGAAAAGCAACCUCCUUGCUUUAACUGCAAGGCACACACUAGGGACUCAUCCUCUCUGACUCACCUGUUUGUGGGGUGCCUUGUCCUUAGAUUGCGCUGUCCCAUUUUGAUCCUCAUACUGUACCUUGAGUCAGUGGGAUCCAGGGGAUUUAAUGCAGCAAUCGUUCUGCAGGCUAGAUAAAUAUAGGAAAACUGCACCACACCAUCCAAUCCAGUCUUCACCGCCCUCUAGCGGUGGAUUGCUCAUUUUGCAUUUCAUUUUAAAACGGUAAAUCGUGUCCUCCCUCAAAGAGGGGCACGUGUUGCGGUGAGGCCUAGCAACCUAACCCUUGUGUUGUGGGUGGGUACGAUUGGAUAGCCACAACACCCGAUUGGUAAGUCCCUUGAUACCAGGUUGAAUCUGACCAAUGGGGACACUAGCCAGAUGGAUCAAGAGACCUAUAUAUACCAAUGCACGUGACCCUGAGCUUUCUCUCUUGGUCAGUGCAUCGGAACACCCACCCACCUCUCCCUAUAUUUAGGGCUUGUGCGCUUGACCUUGCUAUGCCGUCAUCUGUUGUUGGGACAGGGGCAUGGCAGGAAUUUUCCCCACUUGGUUGAUUGGCUGGUGCCAUUUGGGUUUCACCUGCCGCGUAGCAAAUCGUCACAACUUGUAAGGUUCCGGAUAGGCUCUGGUUCAGGUGAUAGGGAUAGGGGAACGGUCUUGCUAUCCCUAUGUGAAGGGGUAUUCCGUUAAAGGAAUCCAGGGACUCGAUGGUUUGGUCAACCCUGAGAGGGGUUGUACCCAUGCCUGAGUCCAGGGGGACAUCUGGGUGGUGGACAUAGCAUGUCCCCAGCUUUCCGCCUUUCCGGGUGUUCACCCUAGGCUGACCUAUGGUAAGAGCCCUGGGUCAGCACUACCUGCAAAGGUGCAGGGAGCUAGUCGAACCAGAGCCUAUGCAACCACUCACCUGCUGUAAUCAACAAAGUUGUGGCCUAAAUUCUGCCAAAAAACCAAACCAAAAACAACAUAUGGAAGGAGAAGAAAGGAUACAACACAACACAAACCUGUGGAAAAACAAGGAUAUUGUAUCCAAAAAUGCAAGAAGGGCUUUUACUCUCACUCUUUGCCCUCGCCAGACCUGAAAGGAUUCUUUUAAAAAGUCCCAUAUGCUCAGAGAAUUUGUGCCUGUUCAUUGGGGGAGAUAGGAAGCCCAGAGCACUUAUUUUUUAGAUGUCCCCUUUAUGAAGAGGCACGUAGUGAGACCAUUGAUCCCCUGCUGGUGAGGCUCGCCGACCUCCCGGAAAAGCAAAAAAUUCUAUCUUCUCCUGUUAGGCAAAGAUCAAAAGACAACCUGGAUGGUCGCCAGAUUCUGUGUACAGAUCUGUAGGUGCAGACCAUCCCCCGAUCCAAACUAGUUCGUCAAGAAAAUCCCCAAACUCGGUCCCUCGGGUGAUUCUGGGUCAUGUCUCUGAGGUAGCUUAUCUCAAAGUUUUUAGUGUCUAUACGCUUGUCGCAUUUAUAAAUUCUAAAUUUACUGUUGUCCAAUGUUUUAAAUGUAUGUGUUCCUUUUGGGAUUGUACCCCCAAGUGUGUUUUAUAUGCUGGUCUACGACCGUAAUAAAUUAUGUAUCUAUCUAAGUAAAUAAGUAUUUUUAUUAAGUAGACUAAAAGUAGAAAUAAUUAGAAUCUUUGAAAUGGAAAUGCUCUCCGAGGUCACUUGGAUGGUGUUGUGGCACAUUCUAGUGACAUGGCUGGCAACCCAGCUGAGCAAUAGAGAGAGCCAGACAGAGGAUGGCGACAGCUGGGUGUCCUGCCCCACCCUCCAUAAAUCCUGGCCACACUCAUGACUACAGUCUGCUUCAUCAGAUACCUCCAACAAUGCUGAGAAGACCCUCUGUUGCCUUUUAUUAGUGGAUACUCGUCUCCGGAGUUAAGAGGAGCCAAACAUAAGAUCAUCAUCACUGACGAUGAUUUCAUAGAUGCCCCCAAUCUCUGACUUCCUCUUCCCCAAAGGGGCCUGGCCCACAGAGGCCAUCUCACACAAAUCAGGGAAGUGAGGGACGUCUCUGAGUCAAUCAAUUCCUGGAGAUAAAACCAAGGUUGACAGAGGAAUGUCUUCCUUGAUGGAGGGGGAUAUCUUUUGUCCAUUGCAGCCAUCUCACUUUGCUUAUCAAGCCGGAGUUUAGGCUAUUCCAGUCAGUGCAGACACACACCCUUUUUUUGGUUGCAAUGCUUUGGCAAUAACUCGGGGAUGGAGAAGACGUCAGGUCAGCGCCCUGCGUUAAUAAAUGACAGAAGGCAGGGGUGGACCCGGAAGGAAAGGAUCAUAUAUAUAUCUCGGAGCUCCCCCUGCUCGGAGAGAGACCCUGCCUUCACUUCACUGGUUCUUAGGAGGACCUUCCAACUGAACAACCAUGAAGUUCCCUGUCAUCACCCUGGCCUUGCUAACAUUUGUAGGGUCCCAGGCGUACGUUCUCCGAGAUGAGCCGUAUCCUCACCUGGCCCGGUUAAACCAGGAGCUUCAGGAAUACCUGAGAAACGUCACCAGGGUAGUUGAUGAAAAAAUAGAGGUGAUCAGAAGAUCGGAGCUUGGACAGUCAGUGAUAGACAAGCUCCAUAACAGCUUUACAAAAAUCAGCAAGCGCUUGCGUAACUUGAAGGAGAAGUUACCUGCUGAGGUGGUUCAAGGGUACGACCUGGUGGUUGGGGCGUCGCUGGGCGUGGUGGACAAAAGUCUCAACACCAUCCGUGCCUUGCAUAGAAAGGUAUCACCUGCUUCAGAUGAGCUCGCGGAGGCUCUGUACACCAUUGUGGCACCUUACGCAGAUUCGGUCCUAGAGAAGGUGGUUCCGUACGCAAAGUCCCUGCAGCAUUCCCUCGUGGCCAGGGCCGAAGAGCUGAACCCCAAGCUGAACGAGAAGCUGAAGAAGCAGCUGGAAGAGCUGAAAGCUCAGCUGGCCCCUUACACCGAUGUUCUCCAGAAGGAACUGGAAGAAUUCCGGUCAUCCCUAGACCCCUACGUAGACCAGGCCCAGGAGAAGCUUGAGGAAGGAGUGGAGAAAGUCAGCCAGAUUCUGCAGCCUUACUUUAGCCGUAUCUUCAAGGCACUCCAAGAACGCGCCGAGGAGUUUAAGGAGUGGGUGAAAGCCCCUGCGUUUUCCCCAAGUCAGUGA